GCCUCUUUGUCUCGUUAGUGGAGAGAGAGAGGGAAAUAGAGCACCGAACCGCUGGUCGUGGUUUGCAAGCGAGUAAUGAAAUACGUAUGGUCCACCCCUGCUAUUAGGGCAUUUCCACGACGGUUUCUGCAUUCAUCUUCUCGCUUAUUUGUUGACGUGUCUGUGCUCAAUCGUUACGCUAGUAAGCUAAAAAGAAAAGCAGCCGAGUCCGACGUGUCAGUGGAAAAACUAUUGAGGGACGCAGAAAAGUUACAUGCCAUUGAUAAAAAGAACACGACUCACGUCACACAAAGUUCAACAAAACGACUGGAUUCAACAACUAACUUGAAAAAACUACAUGAUUUUGUUGAUCUUGAUAAAGUUGAAACAUUAACAACAGAACAAGCAACGGAAUUGUGGAAAGAAUUUUGUUUACGAAGGCCGUGUACUGUGGGGGCGGUGUUGCCAGCUUCGAUGUAUAAACGAAUGCUGGAAACGGCAAAACGAUACCCAGUAUUCGUGCUGCCAAUUCCUCGAGGCCAACAAGGGUUAGAAACGCAUAUAUUACAAUGGUUGUUUCCACAGGAGAACACAGCACAUCUUGUGCUGACGACGUUGCUUGAGUACAAGCUUCGCCGUGAAUAUGCAGUUCCACACACCACUGUUCUGCAUUUUCCAGAGUUAUCAGAAACAAAAAAGAUAGUGCUCACGCUCAGCGAGUUUGAUCCCAACAAGUCCAUCAGCGCUCUUGACGUUCAAAUACUACUUCACGGAGUGCAAAAAUUCUUCACCAGCACAGACACAUCGAUAACGGGAAGACGUAGGUUAGAGAUGCUUCGUUCAUUUAACGAUGGAUGCCAGUACGAUCUUAAACAAGUGGCUGAAGACAUGGAUAUGCUGGAAUAAAAAUCUCGCGGCGUACACUGAGUACACGGACAAAUACCCACGAAUUAUAAGUUAAUGGUCGAAUAAACGCACCGCACGAGCCAAUAGGUCCGAUUACAUAAAAUCGUCAAAGUCAUCGGCGAAGUCGUCAUACUCGUCGGCCACAUAAUCCUCGUAAACCGAUUUGUCUGCGGCGGUCUUCUUCGCAUUAAGGUUGAGCGAAGGCUUACCAGCGGGCUUCUUAGCUGCAGAAGAAGCGGGAACAGAAACGCGUGCAGGAGCACGGGCACCACGAGGCUUGUUGCGUGCCUUUUCUUCUUGCUCCUUUCCGAGAGCAAGCUUGUUGAUCGAUUUGUUGAUGUUCUUAAUUUCAGACGCAGGGAGAGUCUCUAACAACAAAGGAAUAAGGUCCUGGCAAAACUUCAAGUAUUCCUUGGAAGUAUGUGUGUUGAGAAGCUUCUUCAAAAUUUCCGCUUGGAACUUGGCAAAGUCGGCGGCUGUUUUGAGUUCACGAGCCUCAGCAGCACGAGCUCUAUGACCACUGGCGGUGUUUUGGUCGACAAUGUCGAAAAGGUCCAUGGCAUUAGCCAAGUCCGACUCGAUUUCUGCAGCUUGGGCUUCCUUCUUUGAGACGGUUUGUUGUUCAGCAGCUGCCAACUUCUCAGCCUCAGAAAUGGCCUUCUCAAGCUUUCGUUCAUGGAUGCGUUGCUGCAUCCGUUCAGCACGACUCAACUGCUUCUUUUCAGAAGCAUGAGUCUCCGAGGAAGUAGAGGACUUGACUUGAUCCUCCCAGCUCAGGUUUUCCUGCUCCUCCUCUUCGUCAUCAAAUCGUUUGGUGGCCUUUGCAGGCUUGGAUUUAGCAGCAGCUCCGGUAAAGCUGAAAUCCUCUGCAGCCUUAUCAUCAACCAAAAAAUCCUCUACAGAUAUUAUGUCAGCCAACGCUUCAACAAAUCCCAUAAAUGUACUCACCCCAACUAUCCAUUGUUUCUUCUUUUCUACUGUUCCUUAGUACUGGUGAAGUGAGAACGAGAUGGGCGGGUUGGAGAAAGAGGAGUCGAAGGCGUUGAUGGUGAAUUUUUUUUCACGCCAGCGUGAACCACUAGAUGGAGACACAAUUCAUGCCCAAUGGAAAGAUGAUUGUUUCUGUAAUAUAGAACUUUGGUAUAGAGGCUUUUUUAUUAGCUGCGAGUCAAAUUGUAGAUGGUCAUGAAUAGCGACUAUUAUUAUUGUGAUGAUAAUUUAAACUCACAGGGGC